GGGAUAUGGAAGUGCUCUAAAGUUAGCCCAUACAAGGUAGAGAUUAGUCCGUCAGACAUUACUUGUAAGUGUUUUGGAAUGCGUACAGAUAGGUAUGUAGUUGCGGUGCCUUUGCCUCAUACUUUUCCAUAACCUGCUUAGACAGUUGUGUCAAUCGUCGGCAUUCCUGCAUUCAAUUGCCAAGCGGACUAAUAAGACAGUAAAUUUUGUUUAUAUCAUAUCAUAUCUUACAGAAAGAAAAGAAGAAUUAUGCUGUUUUACGGAAAGCUGGGUCCAAAGAAUUAUUCAUAGCUGCCAGCAGUUGGAUGCUAUCCGAAGACCUGUGCUUGUAUCACAGCAGUAUAACAGAUAAUGAAGUUGAGGCUUGCGUUAGACCUCGACCGGACUGGGUGCUAACGGAUUGUGAAAUGUUAGCUGAACUAGACUCUUUCGUAGAAGCCAAGAAUACAUUGCAGGCUACUAAACGAAUAUACAGUGUACUCUCAAAUUCAGAUAAUAUGGAGGAAACAUUACCUCUUACCAAUUCCAAACGUCCAAGGUAGAUUCUUCUUAUUGCUUAAUCACAGAAUGCAGAGUUGAGACGAAGAACUCGUCUUACGCUUACGACUCAAUGGAACUUGAAGCAGUGGAGGCACAGAAAGUUUGUUUGCCUUCAAAAUACCCGACAACAAAUUUCAUGGCAACUGUUAUGUCACCGAUAGCCAGGUAACGCAUUCCUUUAAUAUCAUUACUCCUCCAGCACUUCCACUCAACAAAUGCCAGUGGCAACUUCUUCACCUAUAGCGCAACUAGUUCAGCAGACUACUAAGGAAAACUGUGAAUCAGAUAAUAAAGUAGCCAAUGAGUUGCAGUCAAUUAGAGCGGAAAUGCAGUCCCUUAAAGGAGAAAUGAAAGCAGAAUUUCAGUCGCUGAAAACAAUGAUGGCGCAAUUGUUGUCAGUGAAUAAGUCAGCGUGUGUGGCCGCCGUUGGAAGUGGGAAAUCAACCAUUGACAAUAGUCAACUGCAAUUCCCCGUAACUACUGAAGAAGAAUUCACCCAACUAGAGGCGUCACUUAAAAAUCCCAAAUUUAAAGAAUCAUUCAUGAUGAAAAUGGUGGAAAAAUUAUCUUUCAAUCCGGAGUCUUCGUUGAGAGCAAUGCUAAAUUAUGUUAUGGAUCCUAAGCUGUCAACUCGUUUUACAGCAUUUGGAACUCCAAAGAAAUUGGCUCUCACGAAAUGCACCUUUUAUGCAGUUAUAACGUCCGUCAUUGUCAGCAAGUUCGUUUCGGCUACAGUUUCUGAUGACGACGUAAAGAAAAUUCUAAAAAAUACUGUAAAGACAUACUUCCACGAUAUACGUGAUCGCGUAGACAAAAGGGAUAGCCGGCGAAGAGUUGCAGUUGACAAAAAGAAAAGUGAUCAGAGGAUCUCUCCUGACACUUCAAUGGAUCUACUUGACGAUGGGGACAAUUAGAACAAGUGCAAUGAGAUAUUGAAUAACAAGGCUAUCAUUCCAAUUGUGUGUAUUCAUCGCAACUGAAACUGUUUAUUAAUCCU